UAGACCUCCGACGACCGACGAUGCUUGGCCGUGCCUCUGCCCGUCUUAUGAAGGCGCCUCUCCGCCACUUCUCCACGGAGCUCGCGCCCGUGGCCGAGAAGAAGGCCGCCCCUGUUGCGCCCAAGAAGGCCGGCUCGUCCUUGCUCCAGCGCCUGACGGCCUUCUGCGUCGGCGCGGGCCUCGCUGGCGCUGGCGCCGUCUACCAGAUCCGCCAGGACUUGAAGCUCUCGAACGCCGAGAUCCAAAAGGAAAUCGGCGCGUUGAAGAACGACGUCGUCGAGUCCAACGCCCGCUUGGCCAAGCGCGUGGCCCAGCUGGAAAAGACCAACUAGACUCGCCUCGUUCGUGUCUGCGUGCGUAGAUGACCGUAAGUAUUGGGGACAAUAUAUUUGAUCCAUACAUGCGUGCACCCUUGGCCGCAAAGCCCG